AUGGGGCCCUCAACCUUCCAGAAGCUGUCGGUCGUGUGCCUGCUGUCGACCACCGUGCCCACCACCUCGGCCCUCGCCAUAGCACUGGAUGCUGCGCAGGCCAUCGGGCUGCUUCCGCGGGCGGAAACUUGUGGUGGUGACAGCUCGCUCUCGCACUGUGGUGCCGGCUUCCCCAGUUCCUUCUGCUGUCCCUCCGACACGACGUGCACCUCGAUCGGCAACAACUCAACCAACACGGUCGCCGAGACGGUCAUUUGCUGCCCUACCGGCCAGAACUGCCAGUACAUCCGGCCCAUCACCUGCGACCUCACCCAGCAGGACGCCACUGCUCACCCGUCCAACGCCAUCCACACGACCAACCUCACCGCUACCCUCACUACUUGCGGUACCCAGUGCUGCCCGCUGGGUUACGAGUGUGAGAAUGGCCUCUGCAGCAUGACCAUCAGCUCCACCGUGGGCUCGCCUGACCCGUCCAGCAGCAGCAGCAGCAGCAGCAGCAGUGCCAGCUCGUCCGUUCCUUCUUCCACUUCCAUCGCGGCACUGCCCACUGCCGCGUCCAGCACGGCGGCCGCCAGCGCGUCCUCUAGCUCGACGGCGACCCCCGCGACUACUGACGACAACGACAAGGACGACGACGGUGACAGUCACACUGGCGCCACUAACAAGGGCGCCAUCGCAGGCGGUGUCAUUGGCGGUCUCGCCGCCGGCGCGCUUCUCAUCGGCCUGGUGCUGUGGUUCAUGAAGCGUCGCCGCGGCGGCACCGUCGGCAGCCGUAGCAGCUUCGGCGGUGCGCUCAGCGAGAAGAAGAAGUUCAGCGGGGACUUUGGGCCCGUGAGCCGCACGGUCAGCGACCCCAUCUACAACCCGUCGCUAAGCGGGCGGAGCGAGUUCCUGCGGCGCGACGCGGCGAGCCCGCACGCAGCGCCCAGCAUCGGCACGACCAUGGGCUUGUCCUCGCCCUUUAGCCUCAAGGAGGGCAACAUCUACCGCAAGAAUACCGUCGCGGCCAACAGCGUGCAGCAGACGCCCCACGACCACUACGGCUUCGGGUACAGCGCCAACGUGCGCGCAGGGCCCUCGCCCCGCCCGGAGAUGGAGAAGUCGCCCCUCGCGCCCCUGCCCCGCAUCAAGAGCCUGUUCUCGCGCUCCUCGCUGCACCUGCCCCGGCCGCGCUCGAGCGUCUACUCGCGCGCCACAGCCGCGCCGUACACGCCCACGCCGGGCGGCGGAAACGCCACGCCCGGCACGGGCUUCGUGCCGCCCGUCCCCACGAUCCCGGAAAUGCCGCCCCAGCCCAUCCCCCCGAUCCGCCGCUUCAGCGCCCAGCGCCCCUCGCCGUCCGGGUCCCAGCCCCAGCGCGGCGCCUCGCAGCGCUCGGACAGCUCGCGCGCGCGCCUCAACGGCCCCAGCACCAGCAGCCGGCACAGCAACGGGCACGCGCGCAGCGCCAGCGCCGCGACAGCAACACCCAGCCGGCGCGCCUCUGGCAGCGUUGGGGGGCGCAGCGCGGGGGGCCGCAGUGCGGGCGGGAGCAGGCACAGCCGCAGCGCCAGCGCCAGCGCCACUACCCCAAACCCUAACUACACGACGUACGGCAGCGACAGCCGGCCCGGCACCGCGCGCACGGGCAGCACCGAGACGAUCGACGUGCUCAUGCCCGCGCCCGCGGCUACGUACUACGUCUCUACGCCGCCGUCGGUCGCCGAGCUGAACCGUCCGCACGGCCAGGACCGCGACAGCUUGCUGGCUCCUCCUCGCGCACCCUUUGCGCGCGCCAUGCCCACUGCCAAUAACGGCGGCAAUGCCGGCGAGUCCUCUGCGGCAGGCGGCGCGUACCUCGGCGUGCCGGAGCGGCGCAGGCCCCUGACGACGCAGACGACGUUCUCGCAGCUGAUGGAGAAUGCGGGGAUCCCUCGUAACGAGACCGGCGGUGGCUAUGGUGGAUACAACGCCGGCUACGAAGCCUCGAACCUGCACCCCGGCGUCGUGAACGGCGUGGGUGGCGUUGGCGCCAGCGGACUGCAUGGCCCGCGUAGCCCGCCUAGGCCCGCGCCUGCGGCUUAUGGGGUCGAUUUUAAGGGGAAGGGCCGCGCUGCUGGUGAGGGACGGAGGCGGUUUUUGUGA